UGUGCUGAGCUGCCUAGGUGAGAGGGGCUGUGGUGGCUGGAGGGGUUAAAGCUGGAGCCACUGGUGCAUAUAUUUUAGGGAGGAUUCAUAAAAACACGACAGUGGAGUCCGGGUCAAUCCAUUACUGUGAAUGAGCGGUGGCCAAUAGAAGGGGAACAGGAAGAUCCAAGAAGGCUGAGCAAACAUCAGACCCAGACACAGGACUCAACGGUAUAUUCCUGGACAGCAAGGUACUAUAAUGGCAACUGCAAUCUGUUUCAUCAUUGGCAUUUUAUUCAUAGCAGACACUGUAUGGACUCGAAGUGUGAGACAGGUCUAUGAGCUAAAUGAGCUAGAGGAUUGGACUGUGCAUGACUUUGAUUGUCCCAGGGAAUGUUUCUGUCCCCCUAGUUUCCCUACUGCUUUAUACUGUGAAAACCGAGGGCUCAAAGAAAUCCCUGCAAUUCCUUCAAGGAUCUGGUAUCUUUAUCUUGAAAACAACCUGAUAGAAACAAUUCCUGAGAAGCCAUUCGAGAAUGCCACCCAGCUGAGAUGGAUAAAUCUAAACAAGAAUAAAAUAACCAACUAUGGAAUUGAAAAAGGUGCCCUGAGCCAACUCAAGAAGUUGCUUUUCUUAUUUCUGGAAGAUAACGAACUAGACGAGGUACCUUCUCCAUUGCCAAGAAGUUUAGAACAAUUACAAUUAGCUAGAAACAAAGUAUCCAGAAUUCCUCAAGGGACCUUCAGCAAUCUGGAGAACCUGACCCUUCUUGACCUGCAGCACAAUAAACUUCUAGACAAUGCCUUUCAAAGAGACACCUUUAAGGGACUCAAGAACCUAAUGCAGCUAAAUAUGGCCAAGAAUGCCCUGAGGAAUAUGCCACCGAGAUUACCAGCCAAUACAAUGCAACUAUUUUUAGAUAACAAUUCCAUUGAAGGAAUACCAGAAAAUUAUUUUAAUGUGAUUCCUAAAGUGGCCUUCCUGAGACUAAACCACAACAAAUUGUCAGAUGCAGGUCUCCCAUCAAAUGGGUUUGAUGUAUCAUCAAUUCUAGAUCUUCAGCUCUCUCACAAUCAACUCACAAAGGUCCCCCGAAUCAGCUCUCAUCUGCAGCACCUUCACCUUGAUCAUAACAGAAUUAAAAAUGUGAACGUCUCUGUAAUAUGCCCUACCCACACCACGCUUCCUGCAGAACAAGAUUCCUUCAGCUAUGGACCGCAUCUUCGCUACCUCCGUCUGGAUGGAAAUGAAAUCAAACCACCAAUCCCAAUGGAUUUAAUGACCUGCUUUAGGCUCCUUCAGGCUGUCAUUAUUUAAACACAUCCCAACAAUCUAAAAUGGGUCUAAUGAGUUAAUGCAUCUGACAUGAAAUUUGGUUACCAUUCAUAGGCUUGAAGACAAAGAUCUCAUUUCCAAUUGCUCUUGGCCACCAUUGUCAUUUGUGUAGUUUAUUUUUUCUAUUCAAAGAUGCUUUCACUAAUGAUAUGUAGCAAAGCUGGCUUUUUUUUAAUUAAUAAGACAGACACAGAGUUAAGAUAGUUUAUCAACUCAAAGACAGUUUUUCCUUGUCUUUUUCACAGCUUACUAAUACCAAACAAUGCAGUUGUAUUGUUAUGCAAUAGAAAGAACAUAUUUGUUUGCAAAUGCUUAACAUUGUUUAUGCAGAUGAUAGAUUUACAGUAUAAAUACAGUAAUCUAACAGGAGGUAGGAAGUUCUGAAGAAAAUGAAAAUAUAUAGGAGAUAUACCUUUAUUAUAAUUAUAAGGAAAUAAUUAAACUCAGAUUGCAAAGUAGCUUUUGUAGGCAUAAGUUUGGUAUUUAGCUCGAGAAUGGGUAUGAGUGCAUCAAAUACUUUAUAACAGAAUUCUAGUCAUUUAAUACCAAAUAACAAUCAACAGUCACGUUAGUACACCACUAUUUCCUAUAGCUGCCAUUCUUAGAUAUAGUACAAUGUUGUCUAGCGGUAACUCAUUUAUUAUAAAACAUUUCUGAAAGAAUAUUAGUGUGUCCAUAUGAAAUCCACUUGAGAUGCAACCUGUUCAGUUCUUAUGUUUGCCAGUGUUCUUUAGAUUUUUAAAUAAAAAGUGAAGGCUUUCUAACAAAACAGAAGUAAAACUUUUAUUUCAGGGAUUUUAUUAAGAACAUAUUUUAACAAAAAGUGUUAUAGUGACCAUAAUUUCCAUUUUCUAGCAUGAAUAUAUGCAAAUAUGCUCUUCUUUUUCUUCUAGUAAACAUAAUUUGAAAAUAUAUACUCUAAUCACUUAAGAUAGUAUGUCUGUUUCUCAUGAAUUAAAGUAAUAACCUAGGAUUUCAUAAACAAAGUAUACUUUACUUUAGACUUCUGAUUUCAUAAGUAAUGUUAUAAAUAAUAAAAACUCCAUAGAGAUUAUAUGACUUUAUAUAUUUUUUCCAAACAGUAUUCAGAAAAAUCCUAUAAAAUUUGAUAUAUUUCUCUAGAAAAGCAUUAUAUACAUUUGUGAAACACUAGAUUAAAGAAAGUAUAGCAUUCACCUUUACUCAAAGUCUUCUCAGAAACUUAAUAGGUUAUCCUGUAAGGUGAAUUCCCAAGAAGAUAAUAUAAUGUACAAUAUUGUCUACUUGUUUUCAUACCAAAACUUAUUGGGGCAAGGGAGAACCAGUUAGUAUACUUUGAACUUAGUGUUCAAAAUGCUGGCUAAAGGCAAGAAAUCAAAUUAAUUCACAUUAAGGAAAGAAAAAUUUUUAAAAGUCUUUAAAGCCCAUAAAGAGAAUUAUGAAAAUUAUGUCAUAUAAAUUUGUCAUAAAAUAUAAGUAAUCAGAUAUUAGGCUGGGGAGAAAAUAAUAUGUUGAGAAAAAUAUAAUAACUUUAAAAAUUAGAAGACUUACCAUAUGAAAGGGGAAUAAAACAUACCCUAUGAAGCUCCAAAAUGAAGAGUGGAACAUAGAGGUGAUAUGUUUAAGAAGCCAUAUUUUAACUCUAACAAAUGAAGGGUUUUCUAACAGUUGUUCAGAGUCACGCAACAAUGGAAGCAACUUCCCAUGAGGUAGAGUUGUCUACCACACAAACUGUUCAAACAGAUAAACCAAGAUAACUCAAGAGAAAGGAUAUAAAAGGACCCCUAAUCUGGAAACAAAGUUGUGAAAUGUUCCUCUAAAACCUUUACAACUUGAAGAAUUUUAUUUUUUCUUUCCUCCCUCCCUUCUACCCUUUCUCCUUCCUUCCCUUUUAUAUUUUUUAAAUUUAUUUCCGAAAAUACACACUGAGUGCCAUAUAUCUACCAGAUUAUACUACACACUGAGGACAUAAUAGUGAACACAGUUUAUGCUAUACUGGAUGAGACAGCAAUUAGCUGAAUAAUCACAAAAAUAUGUAAAAUUUUAUCCAUCAUAAUUAGAGUUAUUAACAGAGAGCUACAUGGCACAAAGUAAUUAAUCCUGAUUUUAAAGAAGGGUUUCCCUAAAGAAAUAAUAAUUAAGGAAACAUACAAAGGAUGAAAAUUAACACAGGGUGGAAGAAAGAAUUUUCCAGACAGUGUAUAAAGACUCAUAGUCCCUUAAGAACAAUUUGGAAAUCACUGAAGAGUUUUAAGUCAGAGGGAUUAUGUCCAUUGAGGGUUAAUAUCAUGUAUUGAUAAAGAACGUUAACACUAAAGCUAAAAUCGUGAGCUCAAAUCCCUGAUGUAGCAUUAUGUGGCCCCAGACCAAAUCUUUAAAUUAUGUGUGCCUCAGUUUCUCCUCAUUUAUGAAAUGGGGUAAGUAAAAGCAUCUACUUUAUAGUUAGAAGUAAAUGAGCCAAAAUAUGUAAAGUGCCUUGAACAGUGCCUGAUACAUGGUAAAUGCUGUUAUUAUUAUUGUUAUUGUAUUCAAUAUAUGGCUAUAUACUAGAUAUAUACCACAUACAUAUACACAAAAGUUUCUUCUUGGUUCAAUGAGUAAGUUUGGAGGGAACUAAGAUAACAUGUGAGAGAUAAACUAGGAUUUUAAUCUUAUAGUACAAAAUAGGUAAUUGAGAGGAUAAGGGCACUGAUAAUGGUGGUAGACAGAGAGAAUUGGGCAAAGGAGAGAAAUUAGGAGGUCAAAGUGUAAGGUUGUGGUUGAUCAGGAGAGAUAGGAGUCCAAGCAACGUUUAUGCUUGUGUAACUAAAUACAUGACAUACAUUUUCUAAAAGAAGAUCAUGAUUUUGAUUUUAGACAUGGUUUGAAAUGGUUUUGAUUCAUUCAAGAGGAGAUGAAUGAGAACUGGUGUUAGAAGGAGAGGUCUGGAUAGAUAUAUCAAAAUGUAAUCAGAAUUUUCUAUAUUGUGUUAAUAUUUCCAUUAAUUUUGGAAGAAUUCUGCCUUUAUAUAUUCAUAGUCUAAUGAGAUAAGAUGGAGUGAUGGGUGGGAGAUAGAAUAGGAGAAACAGGCAUAAUUCUAAGUAUUGACAAAUGAAGCUAUGAGAAAUAGAAUGAGCAUUGUUUUAAAAACGUAUGCACAAAUUACUAUGAAGUCUCUAAAAUUUACAAAUAAUCUGUUCUUUCUAAUGAAGAUGUAUAUUCUGUGACUAUUACAAAAAAAAUGAAGAAAAAUAACUAGGAGAUAUGCACAAGCCAUUUUUUAAAUUAUGGAAUCUUAAUAAAUGCUCAGUCUUUCACUUCAUGACCCUACUAAUGCACAAAACAAUAUUAUCCAUGAUCACAUCAUGUAAAUACCAUGAACUUAGUUCAUAGGCAAGGAAAAAAGGGUCAGAAAUCACAGAAAGGGCAGUAUCCAAUGAUAGUGUGCAAUGAAUAUGCAAAUGAUAUUUCAAAAUAUAAUUGCUUUUUUAAAAGCUUUUGAUGGUAAGAACCUUGUAACAGAUUGUUUUAUUUUUGUUUCUUGAAACUCUCAUUGAAAAAGAAAGGAAAACAAGAAACACUAGAAAGGACAACUGGCAGAUGUUUCCCAGAUGACAUCUGUGAAAAAUUGGUGUCAAAGAAUCUAAUGAACUUCCCCAAAAUUAUUGAAUGUAAAUAUUUGUGUAUGUGUGUGUGUGCAUGCAUGUGGAUGUGUGUAUUAACAGAUAUAGAUAGAUAAUAGAUAGAUUUAAAAAUUAAAGUGUUCUAAGACUCAUGUAUUGGCCAGAAGGAGAGUAAGAUUUAAUAGUUAAAGUUAGGAUUUAUAUGUCAUAUAUGAAGGAUGAAUUUCUUUUCAAAGUUAGCCUCAACAUUUAGGUAAGGAAUAUAUAACUAAGAAACUAAUACAAGGGGAAAAUAGUAUGAGAAAGUGUAUUUUUUCAGUCUAAAAACAGAAGUUAAAAAAAAGAAAGACAAGUAGAAAGCACCUAAUAAAAUUAGUACUUUUGAAGCCACAUAUACUGGCAAUAGCAUGAUACAUUGGUCAGGAACUUGUGCUCUGGAGAGAAAAAAUCAAGUUUCAAGUCCAGCCUGUGCCAUUUACUAGCUCUUUGAUUUCUGGCAAAUGUUUAAACAUUUCUAAGCAUUGGGUCUUCAUCUGCAAAAUAGGGAAAAAUACCAACUACUUUCUACAGUUGCUGUGAGGAUAAGAGAGAGAACAGAUGUGCAUUUCUUAUCACCUGACACAUAGAAAGUACCCCAUAACUGGUAGGCAGGAGUUUUAUUAUGAACAGGAACUCCAAUACAUGUAAUUGCCCACAUUUUCUGCAGUCCAGACCAUUUUGCAGAAAAGGAACAGAAAAAUGAAUGGUGGAAAUGAUCCAAGUUCAAGGUUUUAAGUUUUAGUGCAGAGGAAGCGUAAGCAGUCAAAUAGAGCUAAGAAAAAUGAGCUGGGGCUGGUGAACCAAGGGACUGAAGCUGGAUAGUGAAAGAAAUAGAGGGGGACAAAUAAAUUGGGAGAAAGAGGUUGAGGACUCCAUGAGGUGCAGCAUAGACUUGAGGGGAGUGAGAGUGCACAUACCCUGGAAGAGAAAGAUGAUCUCAGCCUGGACGCUCAGUUUAAAAUAUCUUAAGUAGCCCACUGUUGAGAAAUCAGAAGAUUCUGGGUAUGGCUGUGGGAAGAAACUGCCAAAAUUAAAAGGAAGUGAAAGUCACCAAAGUCAAAGAGGAAAGUAACUAUGAUUUUGUAAGAAUUUCAGAUACAAGUACUUAUAGAUGUUUUUUAGCACAUUGGGGAGAAGAGUCAGCAAAAAAUGACAUUUUUGAAUAAUACAAAUAAUGUAAGGACCUUGUUCAAUGUCAUGUAGCUAACAUGUAGUGUCAUGUAUCUGAUAGACACAGAAGUCAGAACCAGUUGGUCUGGCUUCGGAGUUCCUGCUUUGAUCACUAAGUUAUAUGAUGUCUUAUGAUAAAAUAUGCUAUUAUAGUUAAUAAAGUAAAGUUAUUCUAGGAUAA